GCCCCUAAGAAAGAUGGCACGGGAGGCGUCGGUGAGGGCAGGCUGAUUCAACGCCCGAACCCGCGGUGGACAGCAGGGACAGUGUGGUAGCGGCACGGCCGGACCAUGGAAGAGGGCGGCGGCGCGGGCAGCGGUGGCAGCGACGGCAGCACGAGCGGGAGUGGCGGCGUGCAGCAAAGGGAGCUGGAGCGCAUGGCCGAGGUCCUGGUCACCGGGGAGCAACUACGGCUCCGGCUGCAUGAAGAGAAAGUCAUUAAAGAUAGGAGGCAUCAUCUCAAGACCUAUCCAAACUGUUUCGUGGCCAAAGAACUGAUUGACUGGUUGAUUGAACACAAGGAGGCUUCGGACCGAGAGACGGCAAUUAAGCUUAUGCAGAAAUUAGCAGACCGGGGCAUUAUCCAUCAUGUGUGUGACGAACACAAAGAAUUCAAGGAUGUCAAGCUCUUCUACCGCUUCAGGAAGGAUGAUGGCACCUUCCCUUUGGACAAUGAAGUCAAGGCCUUUAUGAGAGGACAGAGGCUGUAUGAGAAGCUGAUGAGUCCUGAAAACACACUUCUUCAGCCCCGAGAAGAGGAAGGAGUCAAGUACGAGAGAACCUUCAUGGCGUCUGAAUUUCUGGAUUGGUUAGUCCAGGAAGGUGAAGCCACCACCAGGCAAGAAGGGGAGCAGCUUUGCCACCGGCUCAUGGACCACAGCAUCAUCCAGCAUGUGUCCAACAAGCACCCAUUCGUGGACAGCAAUCUUCUCUACCAGUUCCGACUGAACUUCCGUCGGAGGCGAAGGCUGAUGGAACUGCUCCAUGAAAAGUCGCCCUCCUCCCAGGAGACACAUGACAGUCCCUUCUGCCUGAGGAAGCAGAGCCAUGACAACCGGAAAUCCACCAGCUUCAUGUCAGUCAGCCCCAGCAAGGAGAUCAAGAUCGUGUCGGCGGUGAGGAGGAGCAGCAUGAGCAGCUGUGGCAGCAGCGGCUACUUCAGCAGCAGCCCCACCCUCAGCAGCAGCCCCCCCGUGCUCUGCAACCCCAAGUCUGUGUUGAAGAGACCCGUCACUUCAGAGGAACUCCUGACUCCCGGGGCGCCCUACGCGAGGAAGACAUUCACGAUUGUCGGUGAUGCUGUUGGCUGGGGUUUCGUCGUGCGAGGAAGUAAGCCGUGCCACAUCCAGGCCGUGGACCCCAGUGGCCCUGCCGCAGCGGCUGGAAUGAAGGUCUGCCAGUUUGUGGUCUCCGUAAAUGGCCUCAACGUGCUGCAUGUGGACUACCGGACCGUGAGCAAUCUGAUCCUGACGGGGCCCCGGACAAUUGUCAUGGAAGUGAUGGAAGAGUUGGAAUGCUGAGGAGGGAUGCUCUUGACCCUUGACAUGGCCAGACAGCACAAAGCAAUGCAACGAUGACUUUCAUGUGAACGGGUGGCUUUGGACAACAUAGAAAUAGUUUCUCCACAUGCACACAUCUUAUUUCAAGUUUCAUACAUGGUUUGAAUGUGGAUGAUACAUCUUUUAAAAAAGGGAAAACACAACUUAUCUCCCUAUAGAAAAGAAAAUUGAGAAAUAGCAUUUUCUUAUGUGGUAGAACUAUCUUACUUGAUUUCUAGUUGUAGUUCUAAUACAGUGUUGCUCUUUUAUAAAUCUUAGUUUGUAAAAAGUUGUUGAAGUGUUUCUCUUGCCAAAGCAGCAACAUGCUCAAAUCUCCAUAGGAAUUCAUAGAAUUGUUGUUGUUGUUGUUGUUUUUAUAGACUUUGAGUUGAAAGUCACCUCAAUUUAAAACAAUUGCUAAGAGCUUGUUGACUAGCAUUUAGAGCAUAGCUCUCAAACAUUUAAAUCCUUAAGAGUCAUCAAAAGUGAUUUUCCCCCUUAAUUCCCGCCUUUAGUAUCAACUUUUGACAUAUGUUCUUGAUUAUGGCAUUAGUUUAAGAAACAAAAACAAAACUUUGUCAUGUUAUAGAUGGAGAGAGGAGCUAAGGAGACAUUGAGUAAAAUUGUUCUGAUUUCUUUUUCUAGGCUGAAAUCAUUUUGUCCUAUGAAUCAUCUGUAGCAGCUUUCUAGGAUUAAUCCUGAAUAUGUUGAGCGUCAAAACAUAGAAGUUUGUAUAUAGACAGAUAAUUAAAAAUAAAUCUUUCUAGCAAGAUUUCACUUUGAAAGGGAGUAUUCUAGGACUUGACCCAUGUGAUAAAACUUGAAACUCUAAAUUGCCUUACUGGCCUGAACUUUUGUUAACUUUCUGGUGUAACAUAUUCUAAAGACAUGACAUGCUGCCCAAUUGAUGGAACUAUUUCCACCCCCUUCCAAAUCAUUGUCUUACGUUGUAAUUUUUUUUCUAUUCAUUGUACAUAUGCAUGUUUCUUUUUUGGUCUGGAGAAGAAUGCAUUUGGGGCUUACUGUACAGAGGAAAUUCUUCAAAGUGCCAAAUUAGAGGGUUAGGAGGUGCUAGUUUCUUCUUAAUAUAAUAUAAUGCAUUCUGAACUAUAGUUUCUGAUCAUGUGUCAACAAAAUAAAAGAUGAAUGUUGUACCUCA